AUGCGCAUUUUGAGAUUGGACACACUUUUGGACAUCGAAGCUGACCGAACAAAGGCAAAAAAUCGACGGUUUUUUAGGUUGAAAGGUCGUAUCAUCUCCAAAAUCGAAACGAAAAUACGUCGAAUCACCUCGCUUCGACGGCAACACUACUCGGGUGUGGUAACUUCUCCCACCAACCACGACGUUACAUAUACAAGGAUCAACCGGAUUGGGCUUGUUGUCUCGGCGUCUCCUUCAACGACCCUUGCCUUGUUGAAGCAAAUGAGUGACGAGUCCGGUGACAAGGCCCAAAACGAGACUAAGUAUCCCGGGAAUAUCCCAGGACUAUCCCAUCCAUGGCAUGUUCUUCAAGAUCACCAAGUUGCCCGGAGCAUAUCGCCACCUUCGCCUGUCGAGCCCUCUUCUCCUUCAAUCCCAGCUCGCCGCCGGUUCUUCCAUCGUACCUUGUCGAUUAGCGAUAACUUCAGGUUUUCCCGACUUCCCCGAUACUCGUUCCUUGGAACAGAGACAUCCGAAGUUGAUAGCGAGUAUCCGCCUCAGCUUCCUCAUAUUGCAUCGGACGACUCCAACGGUGGGGAUCCAGAGGCGGCCCCCGGCGAUGAUAACGCAAUCAAUGCCGUUAUCGAUACGUUGCCACCAUCCUAUGACCUUGCAUCUCAACCACAAGACUCCACAAUUUUGGGUGGCGGUCAAAUUUCAAUAAACCCCGCGCAAACCCCCACGGAGGCCCCACACAUUGUACAUAGGUAUCAUAUCCAUAGUGGGUUCAAAAACAAACCAUGGGCGACGUUUUGUCUGUUCAGCCACCCACCCGAGGCCCCGCAGCAGAAGUCACAGAAACUCCCGCGGUUUUUGGGGGGUGAUGAUAUUAAGGGAGUAAUCGAACUUUCACUAAAUGGUUCUCAGACUGUACAUUCAAUUGAUGUAACUCUCCGUGGUCGUAUUAUAACUGGUUCCCUUGACGGGGAAUUCUAUACCUUUCUCAAUCAUCGCGUCUGCGUUUGGAAUCGUUCGUUUGGAGAUCCACGCCUUGUAGGCAAGCAGCCUGCCAAAAGGUUUGAUGGGAAACUCAGCGGGUCAUACGAACUUCCCUUCUGCUUUUCCUUUCCAACACACGUCGACAUAGACACCACUUAUCCUGUGUCGUUUGCUUCAAACCCAUCCGAAGCAGUCUCUAAGCCUCCGCUCGAUCCUAUAACCUCCAAUACAACCAGCCCAACCUCACCUACAUCUGCUUCCAGUCCAUCCAGCCCCUUCUCGACGUCUUCCCUCCCUUCAUCCAUGUCUCCUCGAUCGCCCGCUCUACAAAUAGAAUCCCCAGAACAUUCUCCUCUUCCUCGUUCACCUCCAAGCUCAAGUCGUAGCUUCCUCAUGCGCAGUCGGCGUAACAAGUCUAUUGAUCACACCCAUACUCCCCACUCGCUACAUAUCCCAGAAACUGUGCAGGAGGAUCCGAACGCGACUGAACGAGCUCGAGCACAAGCGCAGGCGCAACUGGAAAGCCCCGCGCUACCAGCGCAGCAAGGAGGGAGGUUACCUCAAAACAUCUCGCCUAUCCCGCAAACGUUUUUAGAACGUCACAUUGGUGUGAAUGUACAAUACGAGCUGGGCUUGGUCGUGACACAUGGGACGUUUACGCCUGAUAGCAAAGUGAAAACUGUGAUAGUUUAUACGCCCUCAGUGAAACCCCCCGUUCCUUCGAGUCUUCGCCAAACUGGUACACAGCUUCCAAGACCUGACGUUGAUCCUGAGGGUUGGUACGCUCUGCCGAAGUUGAUCAUAAAAGGCGAACUUCUUGGGGAGCGCCAGGUGGAGUUAGGAUGUACCCUUUCUCUGGCUAAACCACUUUGCUACGCACGCGGCACCGUCAUCCCCUGCCACCUAACGAUCACUAGUGUGGACAUGAACGCGCUAGACCUCCUUGCCGUACCCAAGUCCGCCCCUCUUGUCCGGCUAAUGAGGCGCGUACGAUAUCGCCAGGACAGUUCGGCGGGACCCGAUUCUCUGGAACCUACAGUGCGGUCGUCAUCUUUCAACGGUAUCGGUGCUGGUGUCCUUCCGAUGCCAGUUACAAGGUCACAUAAGAGAAGAGCAUCCGAUCCUGGGACUAAAAACUCUGUGGAGAGUGGCGGGAUGGCGGAUGUGGUAGAAGAGAUGGGUGUUGCGAAGUGGUCUUUGAAGACCAAGCAGGAUGCGGAGGGGUCUUUUAGGGUAUUGGAGGGCGAGAUUGUGCUUGGGAAGGAAUUGCAGCCCAGUUGCGGGUUUGCGUUGUUCAAUGUUCAGUACACUGUGGAUAUGUUAACUUUUGUGUCAAAGCUGUUUGAACCUAACCGCCAGGUCGUCCGCGGUGUUGUUGAUCAGAAGGCAGACCCGAGGGCGCGCGUUCUUUUAUCUCAGCCUGUCGAGAUCGCUACUCUCCCUUAUGAGGUGAAUACAUCUAUGGGCCGGGCCGUUUCGAGUUCUUCAUGAAAGAAGGAUCUACCAUCUCAUCGUUCCCCGUCCUCUCUUUUUUCAUUGUCGUAUUGUAUUGUUGCUUUGCUUAUGCUUUCGAUUUCUUAUCAGUUCACUAAAAAUGUAACAAUUUGUACAUGGGCUCAAGUUGCACGUUCAAAAGAGAGUAAGACGCC